AUGUCGACCCUCUUGGAUAUCAAGAGCAGCGUGCUGAGGCAGGUUCAGAGAAGCCAGUCUUUUCGAAGGAGGGCCGAUGAGGCAGUAGCAUCUGGAGCAGCAGGACCCAGCUCCUCCCUGCCAGAAGGUGGACCUGAGACCGGCGUGGCCAGGGAGGACGGCGAGGAUGGAGACUUCUUUUCGAAGAUGAAAAUGAUUCUGAAGAAGAAGGAAACUAGACAGCGCUUGGGGCGGCUAGAGGUGAGAGGGGCAGUUGGGCCAAAGGGUACCGCAGCACCAGCGGCUGUCUACCCUGACCUGUCUGUGUAUUUCCCCAAAGCUAAUUCCCUGUGGGGACCUAUAGCCACGUUCUUGUGGCUUGCAUUGGACAGGGGACGGUGGGGCGUCUUACACAGCAGUGCCCCACCUCCUAGGGAGCCCCUGGGCCCUGGCCAUGCUGCUGAAAACCUGAUGCCAACCAAGAAGGAGAUGGAAAUGCUCUUUGAGGAAGCCCUGUACACUGUAUGCUACAGAUCGGGGGUGGCAUCCCCAGACCAUGUGGUCAAUGAAGAUGAACUCUUUGACUAUCUUCAGAAGGUCUUUGGUAUGAGUUCUUCUGAACUGGAGGCAGCCCUGCAUCGAGUGAAGGAGGCCAAGCCCCCGGCGUACUCUUUGAAAGUCACCGUCGUGCGAGCCAAGAACCUCCUGGCCAAGGAUGCCAAUGGUUUCAGCGAUCCGUACUGCAUGCUGGGCAUCCUGAUCGGCCAGAGUCCUCGAGAGCUGGGAGAAAAGAAGGAGCGGAAAUUCAGCUUUCGAAAGCGAAAAGAGAAAGGAGAGAAGCGGAAUAGUGCCAGAGAUGUGCUCCCGGCCAAGUACAUCCAAGUCACCGAGGUCAAGAACAGCACCUUGAACCCCGUCUGGAAUGAGCACUUUCUAUUUGAAAUAGAUGAUGCGGCCAAUGACCAGCUGCACCUGGACAUAUGGGACCACGACGAUGAUGUCUCUGUGGCCGAAGCCUGCAAAAAACUCAACGAAGUGAUCGGCUUCAAGGGAAUGGGCAGGUAUUUCAAACAGAUUGUCAAGUCGGCCCGGGCUAACGGGACAGCAGGAGCCUCAGAGGACAAUGCUGAUGACUUCUUGGGCUGCCUCAAUAUCCCCAUUCGAGAGAUCCCUGUGGCUGGCUUAGACAAAUGGUUCAAGUUGGAGCCUCGAUCAAGCUCUUCCCGGGUACAGGGAGACUGCCACCUCAUCCUCAAGCUGAUCACUACUCAGAGAGACACCAGCAUGAGUCGGAGAAUGUCGGGCUUCCAGGUGCAUGGACUACUCCUCAGCCAACUGCUUCAGUUUGAGCAUGGCCAGGACCAGCCAGAAGCCUACGGCUGGAAAGGAGAACUGAGUGGGCCUGCGGUCACUAUUCUUUGUCACCAUGGAACCCAGAUGGAUCUAUCGGCUCUGCAGUUGGCCAUGAUACAUUGGCAGGCCAGCAGCCAGCACCACCAGGCAUGUAGCUUGGAUUAUGGCUACCUUCUGGAGCUACUUGGAACCAUCCAGGAACAGUGGGGAGAGGCAGCAGCUCAGCUACCUAGAGAACAGGAGGAGAGUUUGGCCAACAGCUUCAUCUCCUUCGUGGAGCAUGCCCUCCUGCUGCUGCGCCAGCUCCGGGAGCUCUUCCCCGUCACCAACAGCAAUGCCAUCAGCCGCCUUGAGUUCCUCCUGAGGUGUCUUAGUCAGAUUCACAGUCUCCAGCCCUUCCGCAUGGUCUGCCCCUUCCAGAAUGAACUACAUGUGGACAUUGCCACAGCCCUGAAGAAAGGAACUCAAGACUGGUAUGAAAGACUCCAGAGAAGCCGGAGCCCCCUGGGAAAGCCUGGGCUGGAAUGUCUCCCUGGACUUAUCAGCCUGGCAGAUGCCGUGUACGACGACUUGCAGGCCAGUCACAGCGUCUAUGGGAAGCUCUUCGUCAGCAUCGUGAAGGUUGAUUUGUUUGGCAUCACCUAUAGGCAGCUGGAGAAGAUGGUCGCUGAAGAAGUCCAGGCUCCGGUGGAGGAGCUGAGUGCUGGGCUGGAGUUGGGCAGUGCCCCAGGCCUCUUUGAGCUCUAUAUCACCCUAGCAGAGAUCCAGCGCCUCAGAGUCUACCUCCCCACCAAGGACAGCCCUGCCCUAGCGCUGCCAGGUUUCCACACUCAGUUCUUUCCAGCCAUCCGCCUGUGGCUGCAAACACUUCGUGACAAGACUCGUCAGCGACUCCAGAGAGCUGUAGAUAUGGACAAGCUGGAGCCCAUGGACCCCAGCUCCAAACACAGCAGCUCAGCCGCUGAUGCCACCCUUUGCUUCUCGCAGACCCAGGAGCUCUGGGCCCAGCUGGCCUGGCCAGAAUCUGCUGAGGCCCUGGACUUGGUGACUCAGCUCACUGAGGAUAUCUGUGAGGCUGCUCUCUACUAUCCAGAGCUGCUUCGGAAGAAGGUGGACGCCCGGCCUCUGGCCCUCGGUGAAGCAGUGAGUGAGCCGCUUUGCAUCGCCCUGAACAAUGUGGAACACGUUCGAAAAGCCACGGGGCAGGUGCUUCGGAGCCUGGAGUGGCCAGAGCCAGGGGGAGGGUCUCCGGGGGGCCUCCCCAGAGCCCUGAAGAACCGACUGCUGGCUAUGGAUGAGGACCUUCAGAGAGAGGCCCGGAACAUGAUCGCACACCUGACAGCCAAGAUGGUAGGAGACAUUAAGAAGUAUGUUCAGCAUAUCAGCCUGUCACCAGACUCGAUCCAGAAUGAAGAGGCUGUAGCCCCUCUCAUGAAAUAUCUGGAUGACAAGCUGAUUCUUCUCAGUGAUUCUCUGGUGAAGGAAAAUCUCUGCAGGGUGCUGGAAGCUCUCUGGGAUCUGCUGCUUCAGGUUAUUCUUCAGGCUCUGGGGGCCAACAGAGACGUCUCUGCUGAGUUCUACAGGAGGUUUUACUAUACGUUGGAGGCAUUAGUGGACUUUUUCCAUGCAGAAGGGCAAGGGUUGCCCCUGGAGAGCCUGAGGGACGGACACUACAAGACCUUGGAGGAGGAAUUACGCCUGAACAAAUGCUCCACCAAUGAGUGCAUUGAGCAGUAUUACCUGGACAAGCUCAAACAGAGAUCAAUGGAGCAGAAUAAGUAUGGACGGCUGAGUGUCAGAUGCUACUAUGAGGCGGCAGAACAGCGGCUGGCCGUGGAGGUGCUUCAUGCUGCAGACUUAAUUGCCCUGGAUGCCAAUGGCCUAAGUGAUCCCUUUGUUAUUGUUGAGCUCUGUCCUCAUCACAUCUUUCCACUGGCCCGAAGCCAAAGGACCCAGGUCAAGGCCAAGACCUUACACCCUGUGUAUGAUGAGCUGUUUCACUUCUCAGUCCCUGCAGAGCUGUGCCGCCAUCGGGCAGCCUGCGUAGUCUUCACUGUCAUGGACCAUGACUGGCUGUCCACCAAUGACUUUGCUGGGGAGGCUGCCCUGGCCCUGAGCAGCAUCAGUGGACUCAGCAGGCCUCAAGUGGGCAGCAGUAUGAGGAGCAUGCAGCCAACCACUCUUCACCUCCGCAGGCCCAAAGCCAAUGUGAAAUCAGCCCUGAGGAUGCUGGAGGGAAGGAUGGACAGAGAAGCACAGGAGUUUGUGAAGAAACUCAAAGAGAUGGAGAAGAGCAUGGGAGAUGACUAAGCAGAACUUCUCUCUGGG